AUGGAUCUACAGAAUCGUUUUACAAAUCAAAAAUUGUCAAUAUUGAAGACAAUAGGCAAAGGAACUUACGGAAAUGUGUACUUGUGCGAGAAUCAUGAAAACCAUUUAUUAAUUAUUGUAAAAGAUAUUCAACUGAACGCCAAAAUACAACAACAUGAACAGGACAUCGCAAACGAAGUUAGAAUUUUAUCUACUAUGAAACAUCCCAACAUCAUUAGUUUCUACCAGUGCUUUUACGCAGAGGAUUACGUAAUGAUAUCAAUGGAAUAUGCAACUUGUGGAAAUUUAGCUGAGUUCAUGUACCUUCGGUGCCCGCAAGUCAUCAAACAAGAGGAAAUUCUGUUCUACUUUUGCCAAAUACUCUUAGGCGUAAGUUACAUUCACAAUUUGGACAUCAUUCACCGAGAUUUGAAAGCAGAAAAUAUUUUACUGACUGGAAAAUAUGGUAUAAUAGUUAAAAUAGGCGACUUUGGAAUUUCGAAAAUGUUAGCAAGUGCCAAGAAGACUUCAACAGUCAUCGGAACACCUUACUACUUGGCGCCGGAACUAUGCGAAGGUCAACCUUAUGACACGAAAAGCGACAUUUGGGCGCUCGGCUGUUUGCUUUACGAAAUGUGUACACAUAAACGUGCUUUUGAAUCGGAGACUCUCGUUGGUCUAGUCAAAGCAAUCACAAGUGGUAGCGUCCACCCUAUCGACUUGUUUUUAUACGACAGAGGGAUGCAAGACCUUAUUGAUUCGAUGCUGUCAAUAUUGCCAAACAAAAGACCGACCAUCAAAGAAGUUAUGGGAAAAGAAAUCAUUUUACCCGUUAUUUACACGGUUUAUUUGGACGCGGGUGACGACGAUUUAUUGAUUUUGAAAGCUAAAGAAUUUAUGUGA